AGAUUCGGCUCUAUAAAAGGGAUCCGUAGAUCGUGAGAAGAUCUCACAGGCACGGGAUAUUCAAGCCAAGCACAGCAUGGAGUUUCUGCUACGAGGUACAAAUUCAGCAAGCGACAAGAAAUGUAUUCUCCUCAAUCUUUUCCUCUUCCUCUUUGCGAUUUGCUUCGAAAACAGCAUUCAGUUGACGUCGAACGAUUGUGGAUCAGAAUACAGACGGCCAGAAUACAUAGACAUAGCUGUAGAAUGUGGGACAGAAUACAUCGAUUUGGCCAUCAGAUUCUGCCCUGUCUUGUACAGCGGCUACAACGAAUCACAGCUCAUCAUUAAUGACAUCAUGAAUAACCCGGCCUGCCAGGGCACCCUCGAUGCCAGAGUCUCACCCCCUGUGGUUCGAUUCAGGUUCCCACUCAACUCGACCAAUUCCUGCGGGAGCAAAUUUCUUACUAUCAGAAGUGUAGGAACAGGCAUAUUCUCCGACUUCUCAAACAUCGAGACGGUCAACAUCAGCGGAGUUGUGCAAUCGAAUGACAUCACAACAGGCACGGUGACGUACAACGCUGAGCUGAAGUAUUACUACUCCUGUGCUUAUCCUCUUGAGUACCUUAUCAACAACACUCAGAUCGAUGUGUCGGGUUCCUCGAUUGCUGUGAAAGACAAUAAUGGUAGUUUCAUCAGCACUCUGAACCUCCGACUCUUCAGUGAUGAAAACUACACUCAACCUCUAACCAUGCCUUCCCUUGGUAUUGAGCUGAGGACAGAUGUGUUCGUGCAGGUAGAGGCCAACAACCUGACCUCCGAAUACUUUGUAUUGCUGGACAGAUGCUAUGCCUCCAUUUCAAAAUUAGCCACCACAGACAAUUACUUCAACCUCUUUGUACCUUGUACCAGAGAUCGUCUUACAAAAAUGUUGGUGAAUGGAGAGAUGCAGCACGCUCGGUUUUCAUUUCCCGCCUUCCGUUUCACAGAGCAGCAGAAUCAGACAGUGUCGACAUACUACCUGCACUGUAUUACACGACUGUGUGAAAGAACCACCUGCAUGACAUUCAGGAAUUGUCGCAAGAGGAGGAGGAGAGAUGAGGGAUACCUCACCACCGCUUCUCCUGAAAGCUUGGACGCCACCACCAUCACAUCACCAGCCAUCAUCAUACGUGCAGAAAACGUUAUUGCAUCAAAAGAGGAAGAUGUGUAUAUCAACCCAAACAAACCUUCUGAUGCUUCUGUGGGUCUUGGCGUCGCCGUGGGGAUCCUGGCAUUUGCUCUCAUCAUGAUUGUGGGAAUGGGAACUGUUUUCUACAAGAGAUACUGGCACUCUGGCCCCUCAAAAACACCACACAGGGCUUAAAAUGCCCAGUGAGCUUGACUAGCCCCGCUUCUGCUCUGAGAGAGGACAGCCGGGGUCCCAGCAUCAUCAGGGCCCAUCUCUUAUCCCCGGAAGGCCUGAGCAGGGCUCACUGUAGAACUGUUUUUAUCUAUGUCUCUUUUAUUUAGUGCUUCUUGGUGACUAAUCGUAGCUAAUCGUAAGAUUGUGAGGUAGGCCUAUAUAAAUGUGGCUUAGAAGCGCAGCAGUGCAAUACUGCUUUACAAAUGAAACUUGUAAAGGGUUUAAAUGUAGUUUCAUUUGUAGAGUUUGACGUGAACAGCAAGAAGUGGAAGAAUAAAAGAACAAAAAAGGCUUUAGUAAUCCGUAGAUGGGGAAAUAAGUGUUCUCUGUGAUUCUGUUUUUGCAAAUGAAAGUGCUUUUAAAGUAUUGACUGAGUCAUGAAUCUAAUUUGAUCACAGUGAGCACAUGUUGUGCUGCUGUCUGUAACAGAACACGAUAAAUAGAGUGUUAAACUUCUUUGAAAAAUUAAUGAUAUCUUUUUAAAUGUUAUGUGUUAUUUAUUAAAGAUUAAUCCUGUUUACUUUAACUUCAUAAAAUAUCAACACCAGAAUAUUCAGGCCAAAAUAUCACCACAAUAACACAGAGAUGUGCAACCUUCAAAUUAAUGAGACUUUAAAAAACAUUGCGAAGUAUUGAAGAUUUCCUUCCCAUAAAUAAAUAAAUGAAAUGGAAAUGAAAGUUAUUUUGAAUUGAGGGAGACUGCAGUAAUGCAUUGAUUUUAUGUCUUAAGUUAUGUUCUUGACUCUGCACUUUGUUUCAUUGUAAUUCAACAGCCAGGCUGAUCCGCUAAAAGUAGAUGUAUAUUUGUGAUUCAUCCAUUAAUGCAUGCUUCACCCUGAAUAAAGACUGCAGGUACGAGAACAAAUUACCAUAAUUCUUGAGAAGAGUUUUCCUUAAUCCUGGAAAAGCUACAAUAUCUGAAAACUGUGAUAA